UCGGUGUCGGUUCCGGUUCCGGUGUCGGUGUCGGUGCCGGUGCCGCCAUGCCCGAGGCGCUGUCGCUGCUGUGCCGCGUGUCCGCGCACCCCGAGUCCCGCUGCUGGGCCCUGGCCUGGAGCCCCAGCGGGGCCCUGCUGGCGUCCUGCGGCGGGGACCGGACCGUGCGCGUCUGGGGCCGCGACGGCGUGGGCUGGGCGUGCCGGGCGGUGCUGGCUGACGGGCACCAGCGCACCGUGCGCCGCGUGGCCUGGUCGCCCUGCGGGCACUUCCUGGCCUCGGCCAGCUUCGACGGCACCACCUGCGUGUGGAGGCGGCACGAGCACGGCUUCGAGGUGGUGGCCACGCUGGAGGGGCACGAGAACGAGGUGAAGGCCGUGGCCUGGGCACCCUCGGGGGCACUGCUGGCCACCUGCAGCCGCGACAAGAGCGUCUGGGUCUGGGAGGUGGACGAGGAGGAGCAGGAGUUCGAGUGUGUCAGCGUGCUGAGCGCCCACAGCCAGGACGUCAAACACGUGGUGUGGCACCCCAGCCAGGAGCUGCUGGCCAGCGCCAGCUACGACGACACGGUGCGGCUGUACCGCGAGGACGAGGACGACUGGGUGUGCUGUGCCACCCUGGAGGGACACACGUCCACCGUGUGGGCAGUGGCCUGGGAGCGCUCCGGCCAGCGCCUGGUGUCCUGCAGCGAUGACCGCACCCUGCGCGUGUGGCAGCGCAGCCCGGCACACGUGAUGUCCCCAAUGUCCCCAAUGUCCCCAGGCGGUGGCACGGAGCACAGCUGGCAGUGUGUGUGCACCCUGUCCGGGUACCACGGGCGCAGCAUCUACGACGUGGCCUGGUGCCACCUGACGGGCGCGGUGGCCACGGCGUGCGGUGACGACGCCGUGCGGGUGUUCGAGGAGGUGGCCCCGGCGUCCCCGGGCUCCCCGGUGACGUUCGGGCUGGCGGCGCAGGUGCCGCGGGCGCACGCGCAGGACGCCAACGGCGUGGCCUGGCACCCGCGGGAGCCGGGGCUGCUGGCGUCCUGCGGCGACGACGGCGACGUCGCCUUCUGGCGCUACCAGCGCCCCGACGGCCUCUGAGGGGCGCCAGCGCACCGAGGGGGCACCUCGGGGACCUCCCGGGCACCGAGGGGACGUUCAGGGCAUCGAGGGCACCUCCUGGGCACCACGGGGACCUCCUGGAACCUCCUGUGGCCUCCAGAACCUCCUGUGGGCUCCAGGAUCACCCAAUGUUCUCCAGAACCUCCCCCCAUGGCCUCCAGGGCACUGAGGGCACCUCCUGGGCACCACAGGGAUGUUCAGGGCACCAAGUGGACCUCCAGGACACAGAGGCCACCUCUGGGGCACCUCGGGGACCUCCAGGAACCUCCUGUAGGCUCCAGGAUCACCAAUGUCCUCCAGAACGUCCCCAUGGCCUCCAGGACACCUUGGGGACCUCCUGGGCACCGAGGGCACCUCCAGAACCUCCUGUGGCCUCCAGGAUCACCCAAUGUUCUCCAGAACCCCCCCCCAUGGUCUCCAGAAAUUUCCUGUGGCCUCCAGCACCUCCUGUGGUCUCCAGGACACCUCGGGGACCUCCAGGAACCUCCUGUGGCGUCCAGGCUCACCCAAUGUUCUCCAGAACCCCCUGUGCCCUCCAGGAGCUUCCCAAGUUGUCCAGAACCUUCUCAAGUCCUCCAGAACCCCUUUGUGUCCUCCAGGACUCCCCCAAAGUCCUCCAGGACCCCUGAAGUUCUCCAGAACCUUCCCAAGUUCUCCAGAACCCCUUUGUGUCCUCCAGGACUCCCCAAAGUGCUCCAGGACCCCCAAAGUUCUCCAGAAUUUUCCCAAAUGUUCUCCAGAACCCUCCCAAGUUCUCCAGGACCCCCCAAAGUCCUCCAGGACCCCCAAAGUUCUCCAGAAUUUUCCCAAAUGUUCUCCAGAACCCUCCCAAGCCCUCCAGGACCUCGCGAGCCCCCGUGCCCGGUUGGGUCUGUGGGGUCGGGAGCGCCGGGGCGGCGCCGGGGUUGGGGUCCCAGAGCCAAUAAAAACGCACGGAUCCCACCGGGACC